GCCUAGCAAUAAUUGUCUGCGUGUUUCGGAUAUGACUAAACUUUCCAUUAACUUUCAUGACGUGAAAAACGUAAUCAAACCUUUCGAUGGUAGUGAAUAUUGUUCUAUCGAUAAAUGGCUGGUUGCAUUCGAAGACUUUGCUAAAAUGAUGACUUGGUCUGAUUUACAUAAAUUUAUAUUUGCAAAACAAUCCUUAACAGGGUUAGCGAAAUUAUUCGUUGAAAGUCAAAGCGGUAUUAAUUCCUGGGAUAAAUUGAAAUCGGAAUUAAAAGCGGAAUUUGGCAGUAAAUAUAACUCAGCGCGAUUGCACGGUAUGUUGGCUAAACGCCAAAUGCUCCCCAAUGAAUCCGUGCAAGAAUAUUUCUUUAAAAUGCAAGAACUCGCUAGUCAUGGAAAAAUUGAGCCUAACGGGUUGAUCGAAUAUGUUAUUUCUGGUAUACGUGACAUACCCAGUAACAAAGCGAUGUUAUACGGAACAGAUAAUUUGACAGAAUUUCGUGAAAAGUUGAGUGUAUAUGAGAAGAUCCGGUCUACAUAUUCUCGUUUGUUUCAGUCUAAACUGAAUCUACCUACAGAGCAUCGAAAACCCCAGCUUAUCAAAAUAAGCAUGACGGUAAAACUCUCAAAUGUUUUAAUUGUAAUGAAAUUGGUCGCAUUUCGAGUAAUUGCUCGUAUAAAUCCGAAGAUAUUAGAUGUUUUAAGUGCAAAAAAUUCGGCCAUAAAGCUAACGCUUGUCCUCAAAAAGAAGUAAACAAAAUGGAUCUAAGUCAUUUCUCUAGAUGUAACAACAAAAUUGAAACGGAUGUUGAAAUCCUAGGUGCAAAAACAAAAGGACUCAUCGACACCGGGUCGGAAAUAACGAUGAUACCAAGGCAUUUUUAUGAUAAAGUAGGGACUCCGAAAUUAAACUUGGAUGAUGCAUCUUUAAUUGGAUCAGAUGGGAAUAGUAUUUCUCCGUUAGGUUUCUUCGAAAGUGAAAUAAAGAUUGACGAAUACUCUCUUACUGCAAAUAUUUACGUGGUAGAAGGU